CGUCAGAAACACUUACAACAAUCUAAAAUGUUCAAAUUGGUGGUUCUUUUCGCAACUGUUGCUUUUGCAACAGCUCGUCCAGGGCUUCUCUCCUCUCCUGUAUGGAGUACAAUUGUGGGAGAGAAGACAAUUGAAAGUCACGGCAACUCAAUUGUUCACAAUUCAGCACCGGUGGUCCACACCUACGAGGCAGCCCCAGUAAUUCUCCCAGCGGCGUCAGUUCUCGCUGAGAAGACCAUCUCCAGCCAUGGACACAGCAUCGUCCACAAGGCAACACCAAUCGUUGAGACUCAUCAAGUAGCACCAGUUGUCCUGGCAUCUCAGCCACUUCUCCUCCAGAAAACUGUACACCACGAACCACUUGUCUUCGCACAGCCAAUUGUUGCUGAGAAAACAAUUUCCAGCCAUGGACACAGCAUCGUCCAUGAAGCACCUCUCCUGGCACACUCCACCCACUGGUGGUGAACAAUUGUCACUUCAUCUGCGAAAAGAUCCCUUUCUGUA